GAAGCUCACCACAGUAUAAACAAUAAUAAUAUCUUUUGUUUGAUUCGGAGCGGGAGAACAAGUUACGAAAUAUGAUUUCUUGUAGCGUUUGAUUUCACCUAUCGAUUCACUCCAAUUCAUUUUACCAAAACAAAUAGUAAACAAAACACAUGAUGUUUAUUUUCGUACAAUAACAACGGACGGUAAUGAGCUACCGUCCGUGGACAUGGUGGCUAUUGUCAAACCCCUUGUGAUAGUAUAGGACGCCAGGGGGGUGCAUUCAACUGACGAUGACAACGAAUGGAACGAACUUUGGCAGAAUAUAGAGACUGUGAACGCUUUGGAGGAAGUAGACAUACAAGAUGCCGUGCUAAGUCAAAUUCGGAGAGAGACACAAAGUGACGAAAUUUUGCAGAUCUUGAAAUCCUACAUCAUGAGUGGCUGGCCCAGCGACAAGUCAAUGAUAACAGAUUGCACGAAACCAUAUUUCGCAUUUCGACAUGAGCUUGUGAUUCAAGACGGGAUCAUCCUUCGUCGAGAUCGCAUAGUCAUCCCCACUGCUAGUCGAAAGACCGUGUCCAACCUGUUACAUUACAGCCACCAGGGUGAACAGGCUACUCUACGGAAAGCUCGGAGUGUCGUCUAUUGGCCUAAUAUGAACGACCAUCUGCGAAACUUUGUGAAAGCCUGUGACAUUUGUAACCGGUUUAAAGGAUAUCAACAGUGCGAACCGAUGCAAUCUAGUCAAACAGCUACAUAUCCAUUCGAGAUCGUAUCCAUGGAUAUUGGAGAAGUGUCCUAUGACGAUAAAAAGUUGUUGAUUCUCGUGACAGUGGACCACUUUUCAAAUUAUUUUGAGGUCAACAUUCUGACCAGUCAAGCAACAAAAAAUUUGAUUGAUUGCACAAAGCAGACAUUCACCAGGCUAGGAAUUCCACGAAGAGCGAUUACGGAUUCUGCCAAACAAUUCCUCAGCGUUGAAUGGCAAACGUUCAUGCGGAACUACGGGGUCGUGCAUACAACAAGUGCACCGUAUCAUCACGAAUCGAACGGUAAAGCGGAAUCGGCAAUCAAAAUAGCCAAAAACAUAAUCAAGAAAGCCCUACAUGAUGGUAAAGAUUUUUGGUUGGCGCUUCUAGAAUGGCGUAAUACACCGCAAGAUGAUGGCUAUUCACCGGCACAGAAAAUUAUGGGAAGGUAUCUUCGAGGACUCUGUCCAGUUCCAUCGGAUAAACUAAAGAUACGUGGUGUAAACGCAGCCAUAGUAAAUGAUCAGAUGGAAACGAGAAAAAUCAAAUCUAAAUUCUAUCACGAUCGAAAAUCACAAUCGCUGCCGACACUAGAACGAGGACAGGACGUUUACGUUCAGUUGAAACCGGAAACUAAUUCCAUUUGGACCAAAGGACGGGUUGCGGAAAUCUUGAGCGAUCGAGAUUACAAUAUUGAAGUCAAUGGAAACAGCUAUCGUCGCAAUCGUGUACAUAUCAGGGAAUCCAGAGGAAUAGAAGAAUCGUGGAAAGAAGAAGAUACUGAAGAUCACUACCUCAGUUUAGAUGGCCAAGACUUGACAGUACCUACCAGCACACCGAAUGCCGAUCAAUCGAGGAAGGCGGAACCGGAAAGCAGAUCAAGACACAGUGAUAAUCGAAAUUGCAACCCUGGUAGCACCACAACCGCCGUUGGAACCAGUUCGUUAUCAACACCAGUCGUGGACCGUCCUCAACGAGCAGUUAGAAGACCAUUGAAAUUCAAGGAUUAUGUUCUUGAUACUUCGGAGUGAAUAUUUAAUCUAUAAAAAGAAGAAGAUGAUAUGACAUUGAUUAAAAAUGUAUGUUUAAAGGUUCAAUAAAAAACUGGCAGCACUUGCACCAUCGACCCCGACUCGAU